AUGUGGAAGAUCAAUUUUGUGAGCAAAAUUCUCGUUAAGCAGAAAGAGAAUGCCGGUGGUUCUGUUGGUUCCUAUUCAAACCAAGAGGAGAAUGUGGAGUACAAGAGGCUGAGAACAUCAAGGCGAAGCAGGGGUGCCGGAGAAAAUUCUAACAGACCUCAAAUAGUCUCUGGCACAAACAGAUAUGCUAUUCAAGGUGUUUCUGCGAGAAGAAAGGAGGAUGAAGAUGCUGAUAGGCAUCUUGCUCAAUGGUUAGGGAGUAAGUCCCAUAAGAAGGGCAGAGACAGUGAUCAAAAGGUCUCUGAGACAAAUUAUCUCGCAAAGUGCAUUUUGACGCAGCAAGAACGCUGUCAUUUUACCUUUGAGAAUCACCGGCCAAAACAUCUUGUUGUGUCGAUAGCAAACUUCACAUAUUUGAUGUUGCCUCGGUGGCAGCCUGUUGUGCCUGGUCACAGCUGCAUCUUGCCAAUGCAGCAUGACUCAGCCGCAAGGAAUGUUGACAAUAAUGUGUGGGAAGAAAUUCGCAAUUUCAAGAAAUGCCUUAUAAUGAUGUUCUCCAAGCAAGAGAAGGAUUUAGUGUUUCUUGAAACAGUGAUCAGCUUGUCAAAACAAAGGCGCCAUUGUUUCAUCGAGUGUAUUCCUUUGCCUCGAGAAAUUGCUAAGCAACCCCCUCUCUAUUUAAGAAGUUCAUUUCAGGCAAUUCAUGAAGCUGAAGAUGAGUGGAGUCAACACAACACAAAGAAGCUCACUGAUACAAGUGAGAAAGGAUUUCGUGGUUCAAUCCCAAAGGACUUCCCUUACUUUCAUGUUGAAUUUGGUCUACAAAGGGGGUUUGUCCAUGGUAUCGAUGACAAGAAAAACUUUCAAAGCAACCUUGAAUGUUUGAGAGGAAUGUUGCAUCUACCUGAGGAAGACAUGUACCGACGCCAGAGGCAUGGAUCGACGGAAUCACACAAAAACUGGCAGUUGCACAUAAACUACUUUUCUGGCAAAUAGCUUUUAGAUAGCCUCACUCUUUUUGAACUUCUGUAUUCAAGAGCUCUUUGGAAUGCGCCCUGCUUCUAAACUGGGAUGCACAAAUUUGCGAAGACAGCUCUGUAGAAACAAGCAUUUUGAUACUCCAACAGCUUAGAU